AUGGUGGCUUCCUCUUUCCGCUACGGGGUGACCAUCACCGGGGCCGUGCUGCUGGUGACGGGGACGCUGUGCUUCGCCUGGUGGAGCGACGGCGAGAUGGGCGCCGUGGCCAGCGGCGGCGCUCAGCUGGUGCCGCCCCGGGAAGCCCAUGCGGUCGCCAGCUCCUCCUCGUCCAACGCGCUGCUCCGCUCCGUCAGCUUCUUCUGCUGCGGGAUCGGCGGCAUCCUCCUCCUCUUUGGGCUGCUGUGGUCCGUGAAGGCCAACGCCAGGGUGGUGUCGCGGCGCUACCAGUACCACUUCCCCAGGGACCUCCAGUACUUCACUGCGGAGCCCCUUGAGAAAUGGAACUGCAGCGGCUGGGACGCCAGCGCCAUCCCCAGCUACGAGGAGGCGCUGAGCUGCCGCCCGGCGCCCGGCACCGCGGCCUACGUGCGCCCGCCGCCCGGCACCGAGGCCGCGGCGCCGCCCUCCACCAGGGACCACGAGGAUGAGGAGGAGGCCGAGGGGCGCUGGCAGGGCGGGCGGCGGCGCAGCUCCUCGGACGGCGCCCUGUGCCGCGCCGGCGCGGGCUGGGCGGGCUGCGGGCGCCCCGGCGAGGCGCGGGCCACGCCGCCCCCCAGCUACGAGCACAUCAGCGCCGGCGGCCUCUGA